AUGAUAGCAGAUUUUUGUUCCUACAAUAUUAGGGGGCUGCAUAAUAAAGUUUCCUUUGCUAAGGAUUUUUUGAGCAUCAACAAAUUUGGUAUCGCAGCCCUCCUGGAAACUCACGUGAAAAAGGAAGAUGCUGACUUUUAUUCUUCUAUAAUUGCUCCUAGAUACAAAUGGUUUUUUAACUAUGACUUCCAUCACAAUGGACGUAUUUGGUUGGGCUGGGAUCCCUCGGUGUGGAAGGUCACCUUGAUUUCUUCAUCUGCCCAACACUUAACCUGUGAAGUCUCUCUUUUUGAUGGCACCUCCUCCUGCCUGCUCACUGCUAUUUAUGCCUAUAAUGAUUUGAUCCAACGGAGAUCCCUCUGGUCUGAUCUUGAAAACACCCAACAGUUGUACUCUUCUGGUGAUAUGCCUCCUUGGUGUGUUUUGGGUGAUUUUAAUACGUUUCUUCACUCUUUUGAGACUAAUGGAUUGAUGCCUCGUCGUAGAAACUCCUUCGAAGAAUUCAGGGAUUGUAUUGCUAAUCUUGGCCUCACUGACUUGCGUUUUCAGGGGCCUAUUUACACUUGGUGGGACGGUAAUUUGUCCAAUCCGGUUUUGAGGAAACUUGAUCGUGUUCUUGUUAAUGAUCAGUGGUUAACUUCUUUUGACCUUUCUUUAGCGGAGUUUCUUCCGAGAGGUCUUUCUGAUCAUAGUCCCGCCUCGGUUUCUCUUGGUCUUUCUCGUGAGAUUAUUCACAGGCCCUUUCAACUUUUUCAUCAUGUUAUGGACCAUGAAUCCUUCCUUGAUACUGUGCAGCAAGCUUGGUGUGCUCCUGUUUCUGGUAGUCUUUGGUACAUUGUUACCACUAAACUCAAGAGGGUUAAACAAGCUCUUAAAGAACUUAAUUUAGCUGGUGGUAAUCUUCAUGAGGCUGUUCUGUCUGCUAGAAACUCUUUGCUAAGUUUUCAAACCUCUCUCCCGCCUGUUCCUUCCCUUGAGCAGCGUUCGGUGGAAGGUCAACUUAGUCGUUCUCUCCAGGAUGCCAUCCUUGUUGAGGAAAAAUUUUUAAAGCAAAAGUCAAGGAUUCGCUGGUUAAAAUAUGGAGACGGUAAUAACAAGUUCUUUUACAAUUCUUGUCGUGGGCGUUGGAAUUGUAAUAAAUUAUUAAAAAUUACUGAUGAUGAUGGUAUUAUACAUGUUGGGCAUCGUAAUAUUGCCUCUGUUGCGGUGAAUUACUUUCAAACUCUUUUGGGUUCUUCAGUUGAUACUGAGGAUUUCUCAUCCUGGGAUAAUAUUCAGGAGCUAAACAAGCUGAAUUUUGAGCAGUGCAAUGAUCUCAUUAAGCCCUUUAGCUCUUUUGAUGUUCUUAGUACCUUUAAAUCUAUGGCCACUGGCAAAAGCCCCGGACCUGACGGUUUCCCUCCCGAGUUUUUUGUUAAAACCUGGCAUAUUAUUGGUCAAGAUACUGCUGCUGCAAUUCUGGAUUUCUUUGAUGGUGGUUCUCUUCCCAGAAUGGUUAACUCUUCUGUGAUUUCUCUUAUUCCGAAGCUUUCUAAUGCGGAGCACAUGUCCCAAUUCCGUCCUAUAUCUUGUUGUAAUGCGAUUUACAAAUGCAUUAGUAAGAUGAUUGCUUUCAGAUUGAGUAUGGUUAUGAACUCUCUUGUGUCCUUGAAUCAAACGGCUUUUGUUCCUAAACGGAGUCUCGGAGACAAUAUUUUUCUUGCUCAAGCCCUGUGUCGUGACUACCAUUUGAACUCUGGUCAGUCACGUAUCACUUGCAAACUGGAUAUUCGCAAAGCUUUUGACACGCUUAAUUGGGUCUUUAUUCUCAGAGUUCUUAAAGCUAUGAACUUUCCUGAUAGGUUCAUCAAUUGGAUCAAGGUUUGUGUCACCUCUUGUAUGCAUUCUAUUAAGGUAAAUGGGGCCAUUGAGGGUUAUUUUCAUGCUGCUUCGGGGCUUCGACAGGGCGAUCCUAUUAGCCCUUACCUUUUUGUGUUGGCUAUGGAAUUGCUCAAUAUUUGCUUCUCUAAAUCUAUUGCCAAUAACGCUUUUGAUUAUCACUGGAAGUGCAGCAAACAAAAGUUGACUCAUCUUGUCUUCGCUGAUGAUCUUCUUAUUUUUUGCAAAGGAAAUCUGCAAUCUUUCUCUACUGUGCUUGAGGCUGUCAAUCUGUUCUCGUCAGUCUCGGGUUUACAGCUCAAUAACUCCAAAUGCACUUGCUAUUUUGGAAAUGUCCCUCCUAAUAUUAAGCAAUCUGUUAUAGCUCAAUCGGGAUUUCUGGAAGGUCAACUCCAUGUUAUUUAUUUGGGUAUCCCUCUGAUUACGCGCUGCCUCACUACUAGAGACUGUCAGCCUUUAAUUGAUAGAAUUUCCAGGAAAAUCGAGCUUUGGACGAAUAAAUUCAUUAGCCAACCUGGGAGACUUCAACUUAUCAGCUCUGUUCUUUUCGCCAUUCAUGGAUUCUGGGCACAAUUUCUAUUUCUUCCUGUCCAGGUUGAAAGAAAACUCAUUAGCAUCUUUGCCAAAUUCUUAUGGUCUGGUAACUUAUCAGGAUCUUGUUUUUAUAAAGUUGCAUGGAAAGAGCUCUGUUAUCCCAAAUGGGAAGGAGGCCUUGGAUUAAAAAAUAUUCGCUUAUGGAAUGAAUCUGCCACGCUCUUUCAAUUAUGGCGCAUUGUGACCAGGGCUGAUUCAUUGUGGGUUCGUUGGAUUUAUUCCUAUGAACUUGUGAACAAGGGAUUCUGGACGAUGAAGUCUCCUGCUAAAAGCUCCUGGAUUUGGAGGAAAAUUCUGAAUUGUAGGUCUCGUGCCCUCAGUUUUAUUAAGUAUAGACCUGGCAGUUCUUCCUCUUUUUUACUAUGGCAUGAUCCGUGGCUCAACAAUAGUCCUUUAACUCGUCAGUUUGAUCAUUCACUUAUGGUUGCUCUAGAAUCUCAACACAUGGCUCUCCUUAGUAGUAUUCAGGUGGAUGGUAGCUGGUCAUUGGGGGUGAGUAAUUAUUCUCUGGUUAGGGAGCUUCGUGAGCAAUGUGUUAAUGUUACUCCAAGAGCCUUUGACAGAAUUACUUGGGAUGAUGGAGGAGCCUCUAAUGUUUCUACAUCUUCUAUUUAUCAAUCUCUUACUGAUCACCGUGUUGGCCCUGCGUGGUUACCGUUUGUUUGGCAUCGUUUCAGAAUUCCAAAGCACUCUUUUACAGCGUGGUUAAUUAUGAAGGGAAAAUUGCUCACCAAAGAUAGAAUGCUUGCAUUUCAUAUGAACAUCAAUGUGACUUGUCUUUUAUGUGGAGUGGAUGUUGAAAAUCACUCCCAUCUUUUCUGUGAUUGCUCUUAUUCCAGAAUGGUUCUUAAUGCCUGCCCAGUGACUUUAUGUACGGAUUGGAAUGAUAUGUGCUCUGGUAAUUUUUUCAUUCACGGGCUUGAUGUUGUCCGCACUAAUAUUGUUUAUCUUUUUAUUGCGGCAGCUUUCUACCACAUUUGGACUGAACGUAAUUUCCGAAUGCACAAUCCAGGAAAUUAUAAUUCUUCGACUUUGCUUACCAGGAGGGUUUUCGAGGAUGUUCGAUUUAGGCUUAGCUCUUGUAAUCUCUUUUCCCAAGCAGUUAGGCAGGAUAGGUCGCUUCUUAGCUUCAUUUAUUAA